AUGCAUCGUCUUUUUGCUGAGCUGGAGCCAUCUUUAACCGUCACAGAGCAAAACCUGGCAGACCGAGUUCGGUACAUCUUGGGCUCAAAUAUAUUUGAUGACGCCGAACUCGAAGGGCUACGACGUGAGGCUGUUCCCUCGUCGGAUGAGAAUGCUACGGCUGAGGAAGCGGCGCCACAAAUGGUAGAGCAACCCGCAAACGUGGAUGCCGCCGUGAAUACCCCAGUUGUGGUUGAUUCAAACGAUGAUGGAACAGUCGCCCAGGAACUGGAAUUAGAGCAUAUGAGGAGUACAUUGGAAGAGGCGAUUGUGGAAACGCGCAGUACGCCUCGUACGCAAGCGGAAUCGGGCUGUCGUGAGGGCUCUGAACCCAAUGCUGGUGACCUAUUUGGAAGCCAGCCGGGACCUUUGCGAGACGGACUCAAUUCUUUUUGGCGCCGCGCUGGCAAUGUGCCGUAUUAUAGGCGCCAAAGUUUCCACGGCUGGACGCGCUACUAG